UCUCUCUCUCUCCAAAAGUACCUGUGACUCCUCUUUCCCGAGAAAGUUGCACCAGAACCAUUUGUCGUCGAUCGCUUUUAUCGUAGUACUGCACUUAACAUAUCGCUUCAUUUGGCUUUUAGUCAACUCUCUUUCUCUCUCUCUCUCUCUCUCCCUACGCCUCUCUGGGAUCAUCGCCGUUGUAGUCAGUCUUGCGUGUGAAAGAAGAGAGAGAAUGGUCAAAGAGGGAGAUCAGAGCGUGACCCUCGAUCUUCUGAAGCAGAAGAUGGCUGAGUUCUCUAAGGAGAGAGAAUGGGAUAAGUUUCACAGCCCCAGAAACCUCCUCUUGGCUCUGGUGGGUGAGGUCGGGGAGCUGUCGGAGAUAUUCCAGUGGAAAGGGGAGGUUCCGAAGGGACUUCCGGAUUGGAAAGAGGAGGAGAGAGUGCACUUGGGCGAGGAGCUCUCGGAUGUGCUGCUCUAUCUGGUCAGGCUCUCUGACGUCUGCGGCAUCGACUUGGGCCGAGCUGCCCUCCGCAAGGUCGAGCUCAACGCCCUCAAAUACCCUGUCUCUCUCUCCAAAUUAGCCUCUUCCAAGAAUCAAGAAGUUAUCAUCACCAAAACCCUCGUUGACAAUAGUGAUACUACUGGCACUGUUGGGGCUGAGAGUUGUUGAUCGUCUUGGGCUUCUUUUUCUUUUUUUGAUCUAAAUAAUCGACUCUAUGUCUCUCGCUCUUAAUGAAAUCAGACUCUUUGUUUUGUAAUUUGCAUCGAAUGUCGCAAGAAGUGGCUUUCUUCAACAUGUCGGCAUGAUCUUAA